CUCUCUCUCUCUCUCUCUCUCUCUCUGUGUCCCUGAAGGCUGUGGGAUAUCAGAAUUGAGAGGCCAUGGGGAAAUCAUCCAAGCCAAAACCCCCAGGUGUGUUGGAGGCUGUGGAGGAGAUCAUGAGGGUCUACAGGUCUCUGCCACCUAGGCCUUCCAUAGAAGAAGUGGUGGCAGCCGUGGCGGUCAUCAGGUCAGCAGACAACGAGGAGGAGAUGAGGAUCGAGGAGAUUGGCAAGAUGCAGAAGCCUCCAGACGUGCCAGAUGAGCUCUUCUAUGUGUUGCAGGAGGUGAGGAAGAACCUGGUCCUGUUGCAGGCCCAGGAGCAGAGGAGGGAGGCCAUGUAUGUGGUGGAAUUGGACAAGAGGUUCCAGGUUUUUGAUGAGCUGGUGCAGAGGGCCUCCAAGCUGGUGUCCUCGGAGGAAGGUGAAGGGGGUGGUGAGGAGGAGGAGGAGGAAUUCAAGGCUAGGUAUGAUGUGAUGGUGCGUAGAACUGGUAGAAGUUUGAGUUCGGUCAUGGAGGAGAAGGAUGAGAAGAAGGGGGAGAUGGAUGUUUCCAAUGGGCAAGUGUUUUCCUCCUUGAAGUCUGAGGUCCCUUCAGAAAAGUUAAGCCUCAUUCAAGUCGCAAGCCUAAUCGAGACUUCAGCAAAGAAUGAAUUUGGAGUUCUUGACCUCCAGGGGAAGUUGAUGGACCAGAUUGAGUGGCUUCCGGUAUCACUGGGAAAACUGCAAGACAUCACUGAGCUGAAUUUAUCGGAGAAUCGAAUCAUGGCACUUCCACCCUCUGUCGGGGGCCUGAGGUCCUUGACAAAGCUUGAUGUCCACUCAAAUCAGCUUAUUAACCUACCCGACUCAUUUGGAGAACUCUGCAAUUUAGUUGAUCUCGAUUUGCAUGCGAACCGACUCAAGUCUCUUCCCCCAUCUUUCGGGAACCUUACGAGUCUAGUUAACCUUGAUUUGAGUUCGAACCAGCUGUCCGCGCUUCCAGACACAUUAGGGAAUCUGACAAACUUAAGAAGAUUGAAUGUUGAGACGAAUGAGCUCGAGGAACUUCCUUACACUAUUGGAUCGUGUACUGCGCUCGUUGAGCUCAGGUUGGACUUCAAUCACCUGAAGGCACUGCCUGAGGCAGUCGGAAAGCUUGAAUGCUUGGAAGUCAUUACAUUGCACUACAACAGAGUGAAAUCAUUGCCUACUACUAUGGCUUCGCUUUCUAAACUGAAAGAACUCGAUGUUAGCUUCAACGAGCUUGAGGCGAUCCCCGAGAGCCUUUGCUUUGCCACUAGUCUAGUGAAGUUAAAUGUGGGAAGGAACUUUGCGGAUUUGACGGCAUUACCAAGAUCAAUUGGGAAUCUAGAGAUGCUAGAAGAGCUGGACAUCAGCAGCAACCAGAUAAGAGUACUGCCAGAUUCUUUCCAGCUCUUGACAAAGCUUAGGGUGUUCAAUGCAGAUGAAACUCCUCUGGAAGUGCCACCAAGGCAUGUGCUAAAAUUGGGAGCUCAGGCUGUUGUUCAGUACAUGGCCGAUUUGGUUUCAGCGAGGACGAGGAGUGUCGAGCGGGCUGGGGCGGCCGGGCGAAAGGGCUGCUGGUUCAGGCUGUGUUCACUAUUCCGACCUCGAAGGAAGAAGGAGAUGACAGGCUUGGUUCCUGUAAAAGCAUGAAUCCCAAAUUGCUGUUUAUGAGCCCUGUACAUGGCUGAUCAUUUAUGUUUGUUGUUUGAAUACAUUAUCUUCAUGUUCGAUCCUUUGUGUUAUCAUGAAUAAAGAGACAAUAAUUACAGGUCUUUUGUAUUCUUCUACCUUUAGCAUGAUUGUUGCCUUUUUGACAGCA